UCGCCAAUGCGAUUCGCUUCGAGACAUUCACCACAAAAGAGCCACUCAAGAAUAGCCGUUCGCGAACGACCAUUCACUGGUGGAAUCGUCAGUGAGCUGUGUAGAGCUACGUGUGCAGGUUAUCCCCAAUUAAGCAGGAUUUGACGCCUUCGUUAUUUCUCCAACAAAGACACCGAUGAAAAAUAACCGAUUGAAUAGAGACCUGAGGUCAUGGUCUGGAUGAUUCUACUGAGAUGGGCCUUUUCUCUAGGUGGUUCUGAUCCAGAUGGGUCCCGUGAAGGUGAAGAAAGAGGUGGAAGAAGCAGGACGCCUAGCAUUCUGACUCUAGUCUGGAUGUAUGGACUGUAGACAGACAUUGCUUCACGUCAGAUGGUGUGACUCUGUCCACACUCUGUUGAUCUUACGUUAUAUAGGAGGAGUGUUACGAAGGAGUGACGCCACCUGUUGGACUCCAAACAGAAGACAAUGCUGUAACCAGACAGCUUCGUAGACAGACACUCUGUGGUAUCUGGCCGGCUCUGCUGUUGUCUAGGCUCUGAUGGCAGAUAUUCCCUCUGGACUGCUGGAGGCUUGUGUAGUGGUUGGAGCAGCCAACGAUAAACUCAGGGAAGUCCAUCAGUCCCAUCAACAGGGCAAAAUCAAAGAGCUUCCCCUGUUGGGGGCAGAGGUACUACAGGUUCACGCCCCACCUUUUGUGACCAAGGAGAGUGUGAGUAGCGAGAUCCAUGGUCAUGCCCCGGCCUUCAGCAGGGUCCAGAGGAGGCGCUCCUUCAUCAAGAAGAAGAAGGAGAGGGCUGGAAUAGCUAACGGAGAGACAGCCAAGGGUAGCGAUGGAGGCGGCACCACCACAGAGGACAUCAGUGUCCCCAAGGACCUGGACCUCAUCGCCCUGCCUCAACUCUGUUUCCCAGGUGGUCUUCAGAUAGCCAGCGAGCAGAGAGAAGACUCGUACCAUUACCUGGUGUUUACUGAUGUCUUUGGGAACAGGACACAUGCUGUAGUGGUGCAGUACUACAGGCCUAUACAGCUAGUGACUACCCUGCAGAGCUGCCUCCAGUACAUGAGUCAUCCCAAUAAAUGCCGCCCUGCACUAAAAAUGCAGUUUUUUCAGGAUGUUGGGCACCAAAAUGGCCACCUGUCGUCCAAGUCGUCCAAUCUCUACACGGCAUACGGCAUCUGUGUCAUCUCUAAAUAUCCUUACUACAACGCUCUCCGGGACUGCCUGUCAUGUCUCUUGACCCAGCUCAAGCCCAGCUGGAUGGGGGACUUUGAGGAGAGGGUGAAGGAGUUUUCAGCCAAGCUGGCGCUGGUGCCCAUUCCCCCACCUGGGCAACUUCAUGUGGUCUUUAACCUCAGGCCUCUCCAGAUUGGGCUUCCCUCCCGGGAGGAUAAGGACCGGCCGGCUGUUGACCUAGACCUCCAUCUGCCUUUCCUGUGCUUUAGACCCCGACAGCUCCUCCAAAUCAUUACCAGCCUGUUGAUAGAGCAGAGGGUAGUACUGUUGUCCUGUGACUGGGCCCGGCUCACCCUGCUGGCAGAGAGCCUGAUGCUCUUCAUCCACCCCCUGGUGUGGCAGCACCCUUUCGUGCCCAUCCUCUCACGCCAGAUGCUGGACUUCCUCAUGGCGCCCACCGCCUACCUCAUGGGCUGUCAUCUGCACCACUAUGAAGAGGUGGCUGCGGAGGUAGCUGCGGAAACGGAUGAUCUGAUUCUGGUUAAUAUUGAUGAUGGGACCGUGUGGUCUUCCUGGUCUGAUGGGAUUGACCUGCCCGAUGUCCCGCUGGCGGCCGCAGAGUGUUUUAUAACACGGGUGGAGGGUCUCCAGGUGCACUAUGACCUGGAGGUAUGUCACCUGGGGGACAGUACAGAGGUGAAUGCGAGGAGGGCCCAGAGGAAGCAGUGGCAGAGCAAACUCAACACACACAUCCAGAACAUCACUCUGGAACUCAUCGUCAACAUCUUCAGAGAAGUCCACGAUCACCUCAACUAUGAGCACAGAGUCUUCAACAGUGAAGAGUUCCUUAGGUCUAGAGAGCCAGCAGACCAGCCAUUUUACAAGAAGGUGUUGGACACACACAUCUUCCACUCAUUCCUACGGGAUCGUCUGACCAGGAAGAUGGACGCAUUCACACGUAUGGAGCUGAGUACUCGGACAGAAGCUUACAGGCUGAGGUCCAUGACAGAGUCUCCGCGGCGGCCCACCAUGCAGGAGUUGGCCCGUAAAUACACCAGCCCAGAGAGCCGGCUCAGCAAGAGGCUGGGGGCCAGCCUGCCCAACCUGGGGGAGAGUGGGGGGUCUCUGGUGGGGCCCCUCAGGCAGACCUCCUUCAAGAACAUACAGGUGGACAGCGGUAUGAAGUCUCCCCAGAGGCCCGUGAGAUUAUUCAAGCUUCCUGAGUUCCCCCCUCCGCUGGCCUACCACUACGUCCAGAAUUACUACCAGGAGAUGAUCACCCUCCUGGGCAAGGCCAUCAGCGGGGCGGCCUCCGGGGACUCCUCUCUCCUGGCUCGCUAUCACUACCUCAGGGGCUUCGUCAACACCGUGGCUGGUAAACGCCUGGAUGCUCUAGAAGACUUCCAGAACCUCUACAAGACAGACACAGACAUCUUUCCUGGCGAGCUGGUCAACGCGCUGGUGGACUCUCUACAGGAGGGCGAACAGGCACUGGCUGACCGCCGACCCGAAAUCAAACACCUGAUUAGUCGAGUAAAGAGGGACCAUGAGAGGGAGCGGGAGCGCCAUGUCGACGAAGGUGUCAAGCGGUUCCAACUCCCGAAAAAGCACAUGCAGUUGGAGGACUUUGUGAGGCACGUGCAGGAGUCUGGGAUUGUCAAAGACCAGGGGACCAUUCACCGGUUGUUUGAGGCUCUCACUGUGGAAUGUUGUAAGAGCAGCUUGGGUUGGCAUGGUGGUGGUGGUGGCUCUGCGGUGAAGGCUUCUUCCCAGUCUAUCUUUUACCUUGAUUCCAAUCUGGAGGGCCAGCAGAAACAGGUGGACCCGGAGAUAUUCCGCGUGUUCUACACCUUCUGGAAGGAGACUGAGGCCGAGGCUCAGGAAGUGGCCCUGCCGGCCUCUGCCCUGGAGCACUUGGAGGCUAAUGAGUGUGUCUUCAAGCUGUCCUCUUCGGUCAAGACCAGCCACGGCGUGGGCAAGAUCGCCAUGACACAGAGACGGCUGUUCCUGCUGACCGAAGGACGACCCGGGUACAUGGAGGUCACCAAGUUCAGAGACAUUGAGGAGGUGAAGAUCUCCUCUGCUCCCUUCCUACUGCUGAGGAUCCCGUCUUUGAAGAUCAAGACCACCCUGAGGAAGGAGACAUUCGAGGUCAACCUGAAGUCAGAGGUUGAGCUCUGGCACCUCAUGGUCAAGGAGAUGUGGGCUGGAAGGAAGAUGGCCGACGACCACAAGGACCCCCAGUAUAUGCAGCAGGCUCUGACCAACGCCCUGUUGAUGGAUGCAGUGGUUGGCUGUCUGCAGUCACAAAAGGCCAUUUUUGCUGCAACCAAGCUGGCACACUUUGACAGAAUGAAACUGGAAGUCCCGCUGAUGGUCCCUAAAUCCACGUCAGAGACCCUGAAACACAAGAUCAACCCUUCUCUGGGCCUGACCAGCCCCCAGGCAGUGGAUGUUCUGCUUUACACCCCAGGCCAGCUGGGUGUGUCGCCUGACUCUGAGGGUGAUGGGAACCCCAAACUGUGGUGUGCCCUGAGUGACGGGAAGGUGGUGGUGUUUGAUGCAGCCAGCUGGUCCAUGCAGCAGAACCAAGUCCAAGUGGGAACUUCACAAGUGAACUGCAUGCUGGGAGUGGACCGGCAGCAAGUGUGGAUUGGCUCCCAGGAUUCAGUAAUUUACAUAAUCAGCACCCGCAGCAUGUCCUGUAACAAGCAACUGACAGACCACCGCAGUGAGGUCACAGGGCUGUCCCUAGGGGAACGCAGCGAGAAAUACAGCCCCAAGCUGGCAUACUCCUGCAGUGCGGAGGGUGCAGUGAUAGUGUGGGACGUGUCCACGUUACAGGUCAGGAAACAGUUCCGGGUCUCCUGCGACGGUCUCCAGUCCGUUCAGCUCUGCAAUGGAACCCUAUGGUGCUGUGCCAGAGACUGCAUUAUGGAGGUGUGGAAAAACGGAAUGUUACAUCGCAAGAUCUCCCUUCCUGAGCAGCUCUGUGGCUCCCCAACUGCCUUCAGCAGCCUUCUGCUCUACCAUGAGAGGGAGCAGCUGUGGACGGCCUGUAUAGACGUAGGGGAGCUGUGUGUGUGGCACCUCGGGGAGCUCACCAAGCCUUUCCAGAGGAUCCAGCUGCCUGACUGUGCAGGCGUCACCUGCCUUAUUAAGGUCAAAAACCAGAUCUGGGUUGGGGGCCGAGGUUGGAGUUCGGGGAAGUCCAGGGGGAAGAUCUACGUAGUGGAUGCCCAGCGACACACGGUGGAGAAGGAGCUGGUAGCUCACACAGACUGUGUCCAGGCACUGUGCUCCGCAGAGGACCGCUAUGUGCUGAGUGGGGCAGCCCGUGAGGACGGAAAGAUAGCCAUCUGGAAAGUGGAGUAACUUGAGUGAAAAUUCAACACUGCCACCUGGUAGCUGGGGGUCAGAACAGGAUCGUGUUCAGUAGGCACCAAACCGUAGAAAAUGGACUGAAACAGGAACUUGUUCAAUAAGAAACGCUCAAAUUGUUUUGCUAAGGUGUGCCCUAAUAACCCAGGUGAUUAUGAACAGUUGGGAAAUCAACUCUUGUCAUGAUUUGUGAUUGCCUGUGGAUGGAUGACCAACCCAAAGUUCACCUGAUUGCAUAGGAUGUCUUUUAAUUGAUGGGAAUAAACUUUCCAACCUAUAGUUUUAAACGCAUGUAUCUUAUUGUUUAUGUUCAAUGGAAACUAUUUAGGUAUUUGUUUCAUUAGUCCAUUGUUGAUAUAAUCCCAACAUGUUUUGAAUAUCAGAAAUACAUUUUUCAAGAUAUUUAAUUUAAAAAAUACUGAAAUACUGCCGUUGUGAUGCAUUUUUGGACUAUAUCAGCAAUGGACUAAUGAAACAAAUACCAAAACAGUUUUGGGUGUCAUUUUCCUUUUAAGCGGUACACUGCUUAUUGUAUUAUUUACAUCAAAGGAGGAACCUUAGAUGUUUUUAUAUUGGGAUGCUUCACAGGUUACUCACAUCCAAAUAAGUAUUUCAUAUUUAAUGUAUGUGCUUUUUCUUCUAAAUAUGUUUUUGUAUGUUUAAUACACUCAACCCAAACUAUGCAUUUUAGUGUUAUUAAAAUGUUUAAUGUA